CUUUGCACGAGCCUUGCACGGGCCCUGCAUGUGAUCGCUCGGCAGUCACACGGGCCUCUCCGGGCGCUUGCGCAGGUUUUGCACGGCGCCCGGUAAGCGGCCGGGGCGGGCAUGGGCUGCCGGCGGUGUCCGAGGCGGCGGGCGGCGGUGGGGCGCUGCGCGGUGCUGGCGCUGCUGCUGCUGCUGCUGCUGGUGCUGGGCGGCAGCGGGGCGGGCGAGGAGCUGCUGGCGGCGGCGCUGGCGGCCUGGCUCGACUGGGCCGGGCCUCCCGGGGACGGCGCUGAGGGCUUUGCGUACGAUACAGGCAUUGCAGGCGGCGCGGGCUUUGCAAACGUUGUGGAUGGUGCAGGCUUUGCAAACGGCGCAGGGUUUGCUAACGGCGCGGGCCUUGCAAACGAUGCAGUCUUUGCAAACGGCAUGGGCAUUGCAAACGGUGCAAACGUGGGCGUUGCAAACGGCGCGGGCGUUGCAAACGUCGUGGGCAUUGCAAACGGCGCAAACGUGGGCGUUGCAAACGGCGCGGGCGUUGCAAACGGUGCCGACUUUGCAAACGCCGUGGGUGUUGCAAACGGUGCAAAUGGCGCAGGUGUUGCAAACGGUGCAAGCGUUGCAAACGGUGCAAGCGGUGCAAACGGUGCCGACUUUGCAAAUGUCUUGGGCGUUGCAAACGUCGUGGGCAUUGCAAACGGUGCAAACGGCAAGGGCAUUGCAAACGGUGUGGGCAUUGCAAACGGUGCAAACAGUGCAAGCAUUGCAAACGGCGCGGGCGUUGCAAACGUCGCGGGCGUUGCAAACAGUGCAAACAUCGUGGGCGUUGCAAACGGUGCCGGGGGCCCGGCGAGCGGCGGCGGCUCCCUGGCGGCGCCGGCCGCCUGCGGCCACCCGCCGCCCUUCCUGCUGCUGCUGGUGGCCAGCGCGCCGAGCCACGCGGCGCAACGGCAGGCGGUGCGGGAGACGUGGGGGGCGGCGGCGGCGCCGGGGGCCGCUCGCACCCUCUUCGCUCUGGGGGUGCCGGCGGCGGCGGCGGAGCGGGCGGCGCUCGCCGCCGAGGCUCUGCUCCACGGCGACCUGCUGCAGGGCCCUUUCGCCGACACCUACCGCAACCUCACCCGCAAGACGCUGCUGCUGCUGCGCUGGGCUGCGACCCGCUGCCCCGGCGCCCGCUACGUCCUCAAAGCCGACGACGACGCUUACGUCAACGUGCCGGAGCUCGUGAGCCACUUGGGCGCUUUGGGGAACCCGCGGCGCCUCUACCUGGGCCGGGUGCAUUGGCGCGUGCGCCCGCAACGCGCCGUCGCCGCUCGGCACCACGUGCCGGCCUCUCUUUACCCGGCCGCCUCCUUCCCGCCGUACUGCAGCGGCACCGCUUACGUGCUGUCGGGCGACGCCGUGGGCGCCGUGCUGGCAGUCGCCGGCCUCAUGCCCGCCGUGGCUCCCGAAGACGUUUUCGUCGGGCUCUGCGCCCGCCGCGCCGGUUUGGCCCCCCGACAUUCGGCUCGCAUGGCCGGAGCUACCCGCUUCCCCUUGGACGCCUGCUGCUACGGCGAGGUGCUGCUCAGCGCCCACCGGCUCGCGCCCGGCGAGCUCCGACGCGCCUGGGCACUGGCCCGCGCCGGUCCCCGGCCCUGCUCCGGCCUCCAACGGGCCCUCGGCAUGUUGCGGUGUUCGGCGUUGGCAGCCUUCGAGUGGCUCUGGAGGUGACGGGGCCGCCAAAGGACCGGCCUCGACGCGAGGGGACCGAGGAGGCUUCGUACGUGAUGGGUGGUUGCUCUCAACUGGCUCUGGUGGUGACAUGGACCUGGACCUGCAUCAUCUGCACCUCCCCAAAGGACCAGCCUCGAUGGAUGAGACCAAGGAGGCUCCAUGCGUGACGAUUGGCUGCUCUCAACCAGCUCUGGUGGCAACAUGGACUUGGGCCAUGCAUCAUC